GACUGCUCAAAAGACAGUUCUGAAGAGUCGGAGAAAAUCAUAAAAAAGUGUAAGCAUGGUGAGAGGCCACACCAAAGUUUUCAUCAUUUCGGGGAAUCAUUACGAAAAGAUGACAAUGUGGAAGAGAAGCACGACGAGGAAGAUGAGGCGGUGAUGGACUUUAGAGCUAAUUUACCGCUGGGGAAAGUGAGAGAGGUCAAGGAGAGGUUGGGCCUAAAGUUAUUCAACAAGGCUUAUUUUGGCACACAUAAAUGUGAAGAAAAGGAAGAAAAUGGGAGGAUGGAACCAGGAAACUUGAACAAGCAUCUUGGUCAACAUCGUCCAAAAGAGAUAACAUCGAGGAAACCUGUAUCCAUAUUCCGGCCAGUAUACCAAAACAUGAAGACUAUUAAGAAGAAACGGGAUCCGCGAUUCGACUCCCGAGCUGGGUUAUAUAAAGAGAGAUGCUUCGAGGACAAUUACAGUUUUCUUGAUGAUUUGAGAAAGUACGAAAGAGAAGUAACUAAACGUGAAGAAUUCGGAGACAUGGAGGUGGCCGCGAAGAUUCUUCGUCGAAUGGAUAAUCGUGAAAAGACCAAGGCGGACCGAAAAUUAAAACAGAGGACUUAUCAGGAACUACGACAAGAAAAUAUUGAUAGAAUGAUGCGCGGAGAGCGGCCAGUCUUCAAGACUAAAGCGGAAGUGAAAAUGAUUAAUAUGGAAAAGAAGUUCGACCAACUCAAAAAGGAAGGAAAAUUGGAUCAAUAUAUGAAGAGAAAGGCAAAAAAGGAGGCACGUAAAGAAGCUAGAAAGAAGCUAUCGUUCGAAGAGAAAUACGGAUAUCACUAA